AUGAACGUCGCUGCGCUGCUCCAGGACUCGCCCUCUGACCGGAGAGCACCGCCGACCCAGCCAUCCUCUGAUAACAACACAUCAUCCACUUCCACCAACAAUCCCAAUCCGCCCCCGUCCCCGCAGUGGCAGCGCUCUUCCACCGGCACCCACCAUCCACCUGCAUGGAACCACCCACACUCGCACUCCUUUGCCCGCCCCGACCCACCCGCGCCCGCCGCCCCCGCAACUCCCACCACCGGCAGCGCAAGCCUCAGCGCCCUCGUCAACCCCAAAGAGCCGCCCCUCUGGUCCCCCUCCUCCUCAAGCACCAGCCGCAUCCUCUCACCCAAACCGUAUGCGUCCAUCGACAGAGAUCAACCCUCGUCGCGCAGCCGCGCCGGAUCACACUCGUCCACCCAGAUUCCGCCCGUAUCCUCCUUCCACGCCCCGCCGCCGCCCUCGCCUCGUCCUAUCCUAUCCUCCAACUCUUCCAACAACACCACAAUCACAAAUAACAACACCAACACCAAUAACACCAAUAACACCCGUGGAAGCGGAAUCCCACCGCUCACUCCAACACCCACACCGUCCUCUCUAAACCUAGCACCGAUGCACUCGCCUCCAGGACGCGCCGCGAUGCACGAGAGCAGCAGCAUCCUCGCUUCGAGUUCUCCGGGGCGUGGCAGCGGCGGACCCGCGGGCUCACCAGCCGUAUCCCCGCCCAUAUCCGGCAACAGCAACGCGCAUAUGGGGUCUUCUGUCUCUGCCUCGGGGCAGAGCGGUGUCUGGGGGGGUCACGUGGGAGGAUGUCCAGGAGGAGUAUCAUCUGCGGCUGCGGCGGGGGUGACCAACAACGGCUCUUCUUUGAUGGACCAGCGUCACACUCACACUCUUGCGCGCGCUGGUGGUCCCAUGGAUAUGAGAGAUAUGCAUAGGGAGAGGGAGAGGGAGAGGGAUAUGCAGAGACGCAGACUGUCAAAUGCCUCGAGCCACUCUUCUUCGGCUCCCAUCACUCAGCCUGCUCCGCUCGUAGGCCCUGGCUCAGGCCCAUCUCCUUUCUUGAUGAAUGACGAAAAACAAUCACUUCCCCCCCUCUCCACCUCCACCACCAUCCCCGGCACAGCCAGCUCAGCAAGCAUGCAGGCGCCCCCUCCGCGGCGCACGGACUCGGCCGCCACGCCUUCCUCUGCGCCCGGCCAAUCACACACACCCACUCUCUCGCGGCGUUCCAGUGGCGCGGAUAGAGAUGCCGAUGGCGGUAUGCCCCGCGAUAGAGAGCGCGAGAUGCAGCGGGACCGGGACCGGGACCGCGAUAGAGAGAGGGAGAGGGAUAUGCGUGAAAGAGAACUCCGGGACAUGCGCGAGCGCGAACGGGAGCGGGACAGGGAGCGGGACAUGCGUGAGCGAGAGCGCGAGAGAGAUCUGCGGGAUAUGCGCGAGCGCGAGCGGGAGAGGGAGAUGCGAGACCGUGAGCUCCGCGAGAUGAGCAUGCGCGACCGCGACCGUGAUAUCCGCGGUAUCGGCGCUGGACCGGGUGGGCCCCCUCCUCCUCCACUACCACCACCGCCAACCGCACCUUCAUCUGCGUCGUCGCAGCCUCAGUACGCACCGAGAGAGUACCGCGAGCGCGAGCGCAGCGACUCGCUCCUUCGUGCCCAGCAGCAACAGCAAGGCUCGCCGCUGCCACCACCCCCGUCCUCUACCUCCGCGCCGUCGUUGUUCCCGCAGCGUGAAAGGGAGCGCGAUCUCCAGCGCGAGAGGGAGAGGAGUAUGGUUCUGCCUGGGCCUGGGAUCAUUGGUCCGGGUAUUGGCCCUGGCAUGUCGAGCUCGAGUGCGGCCAUGGAUAGGGAGAGGGAGAGGGAUCGCGGGCCGUUGGUCAGAGCUGGUACACCCUCGGGUAUGAGAGAGAGAGAUAUGCGGGAUGUGAGAGAUAGGGAUAUCGGUAUGAGGGAUAUUGGCAUGCGGGAUGUGAGGGAGAUUAGGGAUGUGAGAGAUGUGGGGAUGAGGGAUGUGAGAGAUAUGAGGGAGAGGGAUAUGAGAGAUAGGGAUCUGCUAAGAGAGCGCGAUAUGCGCGAUAUGAGGGAGAGGGAGAGGGAACGAGACCGUGAGCGCGAGCGCGAGCGCGAUAUGCGAGAGAGGGAUAUGCGCGAUAGAGAGCGCGAGCGCGAGAAGGAGCGGGAUUGGAUCGAGCGCGAGCGUAUCAUCCACCACCGUCCGUCAUCCUCCGGCUCCUACCCGCCCCCGCCCGCCUCGUCGCAGAUCCCACCGCCCGCCCCAUCGUCGUCGCGCAAGGAUCCAGGCGGACCUGCGCCGCCACCGCCGCCGAUGUCCGCCUCAGGGGGCUCGUUGUCGUCGGCGAAUGGCGGGGGCAUGUCGAACCCGCACCCGUUCACGCAUCCUCUAGGGCACGUCCAGCCGCACGCGCAGCAGCAGCAGCACCCCAGCCACUCGCACAUCCACCCGUCGCAGGCGCAUGUGCAUCCCAUGGGACAUGCGCACAGUCAUUCUUCGCACUCGCACUCGCAUUCGCACUCGCAUACGCAUGGUCAUAGUCAUAGUCAUGGGCAUUCGCAUGAUGGUGGGCGACCGCACCAGACGCAGCAGCAGCAGCAGCAGCAUAUGAUGGGUCCUGGAGGACAUGCACAUGGACACUCGCGCGACCAUUCGCAGCCUCAAUCGCGCCAGCCGUCCAUCGGGCCCGGGCAGACUCAAGCGCAAACACAAGGCAGCGGCGCGCCUCCUCCGUCAUCAUCAUCGUCGCAACUACCAGGCGCACAAACGACCUCGCCGCCUGGUACAUCCUCCGGCCCCCCGCCGACCGUGUCGCCGUCUACAUCAGGCCAGCUCGUGCCGGCGUCGUCGCUCCCCGCGAGCGCGGGCGGUGUGCCGCCGCAGCGCCAGUUCCAGUCGCAGUUCCACACGCAGUUUGUGUCGGGCUUGCAGCCGCCGCCGCCGCCGAGUCAGCAGCAGGUGAUGCAGGGAGGAGGAGGAGGUGGUGGUGGUGGGGGGUCAAGGGUGAACUCGCCAGUGAUGAUGGGUGAUAAGCGGGAUCGCGAGCGUGAGCGUGAGCGGGAGAGGGAAAGAGAAAGAGAGAGGGAGAGGGAGGGGAAGAAGGUGAGUGGGCGGAGCAGUGUGUUGGGGAUGGUGGGCAAGGACAGGGAUGAUAGGGAAAGGGAAAGGGAGCGAGAGAGGAUAAAGGCCCGCGAGAUGUACACUCCCUCUGGGCGACGCGGGGUCGGACCAGCAGACGAUGGCUAUCCUCCCCCUCCUUCUACCCAACAGGACUACCCCGCGCCCCCGCCUUCUUCUUCUUCCUCUCAACAACAACAGCAACAACAACAACGCCCAGGUGCAUAUCCCCCGCACUCACAGCAGCAGCAGUCUCUGGGCCAUGGGCAUUCAGGGCAGAUGCACGACCGCGAGCGCGAUUCGAUGAUGGUCGACGAGCCUCAGCAGCAUCUCCAGAUCCACGGGCCGGAAGGGCGCCAUGUCUACAGCCACCCACGUGAUCGUGACCGAGAGCGUGACCGCGACAGAGAUCACGUCAUGCGUGACAGGGACCGCGAACAACAACGCGACAGGGAGCGAGACAGAGACAGAGACAGUCAUAGGGAUCCUAGGGAUAGGGACAGAGAUAGGCUUGUAGCAGAGAGAGACCGCGAUGUCGAUAUGAUGGACGUGCGUGAUUAUCAUGGACGUGUUGCCCCACAGCAGCAGCAGCAGCAGCAGCCACCCACCUCGCAGCCGAUGUCGAUGUCGAUGUCGUCUGGUGGUGGUGCGGGCCCUGCGCCGGGUAUGAUGGUGGAUGAUGGGCAGUGGUAUGAUGCGCCGCCGCGUGGGCAUGUUGUGCAUUCUAGUGGCGAGUACGGGGCACCGCAUGUGGGACGGCGCGAGAGGGAGCGCGAGAGGGAGAGGGAGAGGGAUAGAGAAGGGCACAGGGAUCGCGAGCGCGAGCGCGAGAAGGACAGAGAUCGCGAUCGUGAGCGCGAGAGGGCGCGGGAGCUCGAGAUACAUCAUCAGCUGCAGCAGGCGCGCAUCCGGCAUCAUGAACAACAACAACAGCAGCAGCAGCAACAGCGCCAGCAGCCGUAUAUGCCAUCACAACAACAACAACAGCAACAGCAGCAACCGCAGCACGUCCACCGCCACAACGCGCCGCUACCGCCGCCUCAACAGCCGCAAGCCAUGCAAGAGCCCAACUUCUACCACGACGCGGGGCUGGGCGGGUUCGAGGACCCGCGGCGCAGUAGGGACAUUUACAAUAGCGGUGUUGGCGUGAACGUCGGUGCGGGUGGGGAGUACGCCAUCGACGCGCCGUUCAGCGACCCGCGACAUCCACACGCGCACGUCCAUCCGCAUGGACACGGGCACGGUAUACCCCUCCCGCCCUCCUCCAUAUCUGCCUCCGCGUCCGCCUCUGCCUCUGCCUCCGCAGCAGCCAUCGCCGCUCAGGCUCAGGCACAAGCACAAGCACAAGCAGACGCCGAGGCGCUGGACGAGUGGGAUGAAUGGCGGGCAGAGGCCGAGGGCGAGAGCACGCGGGCCAAGGUGCGUGUUGAUCUCGGGACGUGGGUGUACCCGCGCGUGCCGUUCCCGUAUUUCUUUGAGCUGGGCGCGGGGCUGUUGGCUGCGAAGGAGCGGGAAGAGGCGGCGGCUGCGAGGCGGCGGGAGGAGGAGAGGGAGAGGAAGGUUAGGGAGGAAGAGGAGGAGAGGGUUAGGGUUGAGGAGGAGAAGGAGAGAAGGAGGAAAGAGGAAGAGGCAAAGGAAAAAGAAAAGGAGGAACAGGAGAAGGAACGGAAAGAAAAAGAAGAAAAGGACAGAGAGGCAGAGAAGACAACAGGCAAGACAUCAGAGAAGAUGGAAGAGGGCGAGAUUGAUGAAGAGGCAGAGAUGAAGGUCGAGCAGGGCUUGGAGGAAGGCGAAGAGGCCGCGAAAGACCCAAAAAAGGAAGUUACUGUAAAUCCUAUGGACGUCGACGACGACAACUCCAAGUCUGCUCAACCUACCUCGACAUCUAAACCUGACGAAUCCACACAAAGCGACUUGGCGGGAUCCACAUCUCUCUCCCAAACUCGGAUUCAUGAAGACACUAUCCCUGAUCCACCCAUCCAACAGCCCCUGCUCGACAUGGAGACGCGCACCACCAUCCUUAUUCCCUCAGGGUACAUACCCACCGAGAAACCACUCCGUCCGCGUCUCUGGGGCGGCGGCGGGUUCGAUCCGCGCCCACGCCCACCGCUCCCUGUCCGCUCAAGGAGGAAAGGCGGCAGUCUGAAUGGGAAACGCACCCGCCCGCCAACACGCCAGAACAGCCAUCUCGCCAAUAGCACGACCUCUGCCAACGGCGUGAACGGGAACGGGAACCUCGCCGUGUCUAGCAGCAGUAGCAGUGGAGGUGCGAACGGAUUGGUGUCGUCCGCAUCAGCUAGUGCGCGCCGCCUGCGCUCGCGACGCCCGCGUAGGGUGUACACCGACGACUCGGACAUCUUCCUCUGCGCGAUACACUCGGGCUGGCUCACGUGGAGCGGCGCGCGCAAGGCCAAGGCGAAAGGCCGCGAUCUGCGCAUUGAGGUCCGCGUGAUACGCUGUGCGGGCGCGGGUGCGGGGAGCGUCUUUGCGCGGGGCGUGGGGAUGGGCAGGGUGCCUGUGAAUGCAAGUGGUGUGGCGGGCGUAGGAGCGGGUGCGCCAGUGAUGAGCGUGUCCCCUGCUGCUGCUGCUGCGGCGGCGGCGGCUGGGGGUAUGGACAAUGGGCUUGUGAAUGCCGAGCCUAGUUAUGUGCGGGAGGAGAUGGUUGGCAGAUUCAUAGGCGGGUAUGGCGAGCGGUGCUUUAAUCCCCUUGGGCGGAGCGGUAAAGUGGCGGGCGAGGAGGACGAAGAGGAGGAUGAUGACGGGGUGAUCAGAGGCAGGAGGAAACGUAAUGGGGAUAUUGGGUCGCUGCGGAGAGAGGAGGAAGAGGACGAGGACGAGGUGGUGUUUGAUGACCCCGAGGAUGAUGGUAGGAGUCUUGUCAGUGCCGCGUGGGGGACCGGACACGACGGCAGUGCGAUUGAGAUUGUCGGUGUAGAGUUUGUCGAGAGGGGCACUGCACAUGAUUCGCCUGGUGUCGGCCUGCGUAAUCGCUCACAGCGCCUUCGCGAGUACGCCGAGCGCCGUGCGUCAGUGCUCGGUCUACCAACAAGCACAGCGCCUUUCAACCGUCUCGCCGGCAGAAAACGGCGGCGCGGAUGGGGCGGCUGGCCAGUCGAGCCCCGCCGCCUGUUGCCUAAUGCGACUGCACUGCACACGAUACCCGAGGCGGCUGACGAAGAGGAGGAGGAGGAGGAGCCGAGCGAGUUCCUUUUACGCACGGCGGAUGGGCGUCGGGUGGAUAAUGAUGGUGGUGUGAAUAAUGUGGGUUUGAGCCAGCUGAGAGUUGAGAGGGAGGAGAAGCUUAUGGAUGUGCGCACGAUGGUGUUUGGUAUGGGUGCUGCUGGGGAUCUGCGCGUUGGAUACAAAUAUGUUCCUUCACUACUACAGGAGAUCCUGUUCCCUUCACCUCGCUCAUCAGAGCCGGAACCUCCUCGACCACGCAAGCGCAGACGCACACAGGAAUCCGACGACGUUGACAUGGCCGACGACAGUACCACACUCGACAGCACUACCACCACCAUCACCACCAGCACGCACUCCAGCGCAGCGUUAAUCGACAACGACCCGCUCCUCCGCCCGCUCAUCCUCGAGACGGCGAAAGAGGCGUACCUCCUCUCGCCUAAUAUUAUAUCGCCCACUGCUCCGUCGCCUGUGGCUGGUGCUGGUGCUGCUGUGCUGCCAGCGGAGAGGGUGUAUGAUAUUGCGCUGAUUUUGGAGACGGAGGUUGUGGUGGAGGAUGAGCCUGUCGCUGAGGCGGAGGUGGUGGAAGCUGCUCCUGGUGUUGUUGCUGGGGAUGCUACUCCUGUUAAUGCUGCUAAUGAGCCUGCGGUGGAUAGUAAAGAUAAAGGCGCAGAACUCAUUGAAGCAGAAGAUACAAAGGAGGCUGGUGGUCAGACCUCCACGGAACACGUAUCCGCUGAAGCUGCCGUCACUGCUGGUAGCGAUCAACCAUCUCCUGCUGCUGCUGAACCAUCAUCGUCGACAGCAGCCCCUACCAAUGUCCAGCCUGAAACACCGUCCAAAUCGAAAAUGACCACGGCCGAGCCUGGCUCGUCGCCUCUUCCGCCAUCUAGAGCGUCGCCUGUGCAUUCUCCUGUACAUUCGCCUGAACCUGAACCGGAGCAUGAUGGUCCUCCGUCUUCGCCUCUUCCCACUGACGACAACGAUACAUCUCUCCUCGACGACAAAGAUAACGCCAAAGACACCACAAAACACACCAAACAAGGCAAAGGCAAACCCUCCUCCCUUCUCCUCCUCGACGACCCCGACCACGACGCAGACGUGGACACAGAUGUAGAUACCAUCCCAAAACCGCAAUUCUCCGUCCAAGUCCUCCAGCGCAACCUCACCAGGCACAUGUUCCGCUUCGAGAAGGACAGCGUGUACGUCAAAGACCCGUCAGGUCCCGGUUCGGGUCCGGGGGGCCAAGCAGAUGGGGACGGGGUUGGGGAGGGGGAUGGGAUGGAGGCGGAGUAUGAGUGGGCGAUUCAGGUUAAGAAUUGGAAGUGGGCGCCGAAAGGCGCUAGGGAGAGGCUUGUGGAUGCUGUUUGA